UAGAAUGUUAUUAUGUAUUAUAGGUUAUAUGAAUUUUCUAACAUUUGACAAAUCUCUCAGAUUUUAUUAAUAAAAAUUUAUUUUAUGAACUUCUUUGUUGCUUAUACUUUAAAUGGAAACUAAACCAAAAAGUGAACAUUUGCUAGAAUUAAAAGUAAUGAGAUUAACAAGACCUAUGCUUGCAAGUCCAGUAGUCGUUACUUGUGAUUCAACAGAUCUUCCUGGUAAUACUUUAAAUAAUGAACUUAAAAAUGAUUGUACUGCUUUACAAGGAAUGGAAACUCUCGCAGUAGGACAGUUUAUGGUAUUACCACAAAGUUUUGGAAAUAUUUAUUUAGGUGAAAUAUUUUCAAGUUAUCUUUGUGUACAUAAUGGUAGCAAUCAAUUAGUAAAAAAUGUUAUUGUUAAAGUAAGUUAAUAUUAAAUUAAAUUAAUUAUAUAAUUAAUANGUAAUAGUGGAGAAAUGAAAGAUUUAGCACCUGAUAAUACAGUUGAUGAAGUUAUACAUCAUGAAGUAAAAGAAAUAGGCACACAUAUACUAGUAUGUGAAGUUAGUUAUACUCCUGUAAAUUUAGGUAAUACUGCACAAUCAUUUAGAAAAUAUUUUAAAUUUCAAGUAGUAAAACCAUUAGAUGUUAAAACAAAAUUUUAUAAUGCAGAGUCAGAUGAAGUAUAUCUUGAAGCACAAAUACAGAAUCUUACAGCUGGUCCAAUUUGUUUAGAAAAAGUUUCACUUGAAUCAUCUCAUUUAUUUAGUGUAUCAACAUUAAAUACAAAUGAAAAAGGAGAGUCUAUUUAUGGAUCAGUUAAUAUAUUAGAUACUGAUUGUAGCAGACAGUAUUUAUAUUGUUUAAAACCACAAAUAAGUUUAUUGAAAGAUCCAAAAAUGAUGCAUAAUGCAACAAAUAUUGGAAAAUUAGAUAUUGUUUGGAGAAGUAACUUGGGAGAAAGAGGAAGAUUACAAACAAGUCAAUUACAAAGAAUGGCACCUGAAUAUGGUGAUAUACGAGUUACCAUGAAAAAUAUUCCUCUUACAGUUUAUCUUGAACAAAUGAUGAAUUUUAAUUGCCAUAUAAUAAAUACAUCUGAAAGAAGUAUGGAUUUAAUGUUAAUUUUGGAAUCAAAUAAUUCUAUAGCAUGGUGUGGAAUAUCUAAUACAAUGAUAGGAACAUUAAAACCUGGUGUUUCAAUAGAUAUUCCUUUAUGUUUAAUUGCAUUACGUAGUGGUAUUAUAACAAUUUCAGGAUUAAAAUUAAAGGACACAUUUUUGAAUAGGGUAUAUGAUUAUGAUGAUUUAACACAAAUAUUUGUUAGCCAAACAGAUUAGUUAUAAAAAAUUAAUAAGUGUGUAAAAAUAUUUAUUAAUUUAAUUUAUAUUUUAUUUAAUAUAUAGCAAAGUUUUAUUAAUAUAUAAUAGAAUAUACAGAUAUAAUAAUGAAAUUAAUUGAU